UUCAUUCAUUGCAAAACCGAUCGCCGACCAAGACGGACGUGUUCACAGUUUGCAAACUUCCAUUCGCUUCCCGCCGAGUAAACCACGCGAGAUCGAUCGCCGAAACGAGAGGCGUGAUCCCGUUCUGAUCUUAGUUUCGCGAUUCACUCAGUUUCCGUGCGUGCCGACGUUGUCUAAUUAGUGGGUGCGCGAGUUUAACCAAAAACGCAAGCAUUACGCCACAAACUAUCACUGCAGUGGUUGGAACCAGGAAUAAGUGUGUGCUAUUAUUUUACUUUCGUGCGCAUCGCGGAAUGUAGCUGCUAUCAUCAUCAUCCAGUUCACGUAAUGUGCGUGUGAAAAGUUUAGCGGGCUGCAUUGAAAGUGCCAUACGGCGAAACAAGGAAACGCACCACGUGAAGCAAAACAAAGCACCGCCCGCCGCCUUCCAUCUAUCCAUUAGGUAGUGCGAUAUUUGGCGCGAUUAAUUAAAUCCAUAAAUUAAAAGUGAAACUCUUAAGACUCGCGGUCAGCUCUGGAAAAGUGUGCCUACCUACAUUGAUCGAGUAUCAGCCCGUAGUCUACCAUAAGUAUAUAUCAGACGUUGGUUGGUCUUUGUAGGGUUUGACGGCCCCGGCGAUCAAUCCGCGAUUGAUCGCGAUUGUAACUUGUAGUGCGGCGAAUUGACUGCAUUCGCAGCAUAAUAACAGCAAAGCAUGACGAGCGGCGGCUUGAACUAGUGUGUGAAUUGAAUGGAAAAGCUGAACUAAUUCGAACACGUUUGGUGACGCGAUCUACUGGUGGAAAACGGAAAACAGCGGCGAUUGGAUUGGAUAGCUGGUGAUAUCAUAAUCGAUAGAUUGGACUCUAGUUCAAUAUUUUUUUGGAUUCCUGAAGCUUGGUGUUCGCAAUAAUGGCGUUCUUCAAAAGCAUUUGGAAAAAUAGUUCCAAGCACAAGAAACUGUGCGAGGAGAUGGCACUCGCCAACAACAUCCGCGAUUUUUCGGACAACCACGAAGAGCUGGAGGAUGGAUUUGGCGAGGCGAUUACCUACAGUGUAAAAUAUUUGGGCAACACGACGAUACCGACACCCCGCUCGGAGAAUUCCACCUCCGAGGCCGUCAAGAAGAUCAUCACUGCUGCAAAAGGCAACAAAAAGCUCCAGCGCGUGACUUUGUCCAUCUCGCCCAAGGGAAUCGAAAUGAUUGACCUUACCUCGGGAGAAACCCUGCUGCAGGUGUCAAUCUACAAUAUUUCCUACUGCUCAGCAGACGCAGCGCACGAUCACGUGUUCGCUUUCGUUGGUACCGCUCACAAUCCGGAAACUGAGGUGAAGGAGAUGUGUUUCCGUAAGGAUGUCGAGGAAGUCGAGUUCGACGGGCCACUGAUCUGCUACGCUUUCCUGUGUCAGAAGCGCAAAAUGGCGCAAACCGUAACGCUGACCGUGGCCCGAAGCUUCGAAAGGGCAUAUCAGAUUUGGCAGAACAAGCAGUUUCAGGCGGAUAGGAAGCGUAAGGAAUUGGCCAAAUUGAAUGCAUCUAAUCGAUCGGCUGAAAGUGGAAGUAGCAGUAGCAGCAAUAGAACCGGUUCAAGUAGAGAUGAAGCCGACAGUAAAAGUUUGCUGAUUGAUUUCAACUCCGAUCUGGCUGCUGAGAUUUGCUCCAAAGACCACCGGGAGCUACUGCAGAAUACUUGGGUUUCAUUUGAGGAUGAUCAAUCGCAAGAAUUCAUCACAGUGCCAAAUCUCAACGCUGCCAAUGGAUGGAGCAGGACUGCAAUUUGCUCUAACUGAAAAAGAAAUUAUCAGCUUUCGAGCUUAUCUAUAUGAUAGAAGAUAAUUGUUUUUUUUUUUUAUUAAUUGAAUGGAAAUACAAAACGAAAUUUUCUACUUUUACAUUGAUAUAAAGAAUAGUUAUAAGCAAUUGUGAUAAAACUGGAUAUUUGUAAUUUUUAUAUAAAUUUAAAAAUGAUACAAUAAAUCUGAUUAUUUUUUAAGAAGAA